AUGCUGGUGCCCGGGAUGCCACUGCACGAAUUUGCGCAGCGCAUGCAGGCAGGCUGCACACUGCUGCCCCUGAUCUACCCGGGCAGCGAGUUCUACUACCUGCAGUCUCCGCUGUGGCCAGAGAUCCUGCCAGAUGUGGAUCUUAAUGGGCCCCCUUUCAACUGUGUCACUCAGCCGGAUCCUAGUGACCCAGAGGAGGGAAUGGCGGUGCGCCAAGUGGCAAGGAUGUGGCUGUCCCCUUCAGGAGCUGUCAGCCCGCUACAUUACGACGGCCACACGAGCUUCCUCACACAGAUCAGAGGGAGGAAGCGGUUGUUGUUGUACCCUCCUAGCGCCUUAAGCAAGCUGCAGCCCUACCCCAGCUGGCACAUCCUGCGCCGCCGCUGCAGGCUGGACCCAGCAAAGCCCGACCUGAAGCGUUUUCCAGACUUCCACCAGAUUGAAGCUGUGGAAACGGUCUUGGAGCCAGGAGACACUUUAUUCUUUCCGCCACGAUGGGCCCAUUACACAGAGAGCCUGGACUUGUCCAUAUCGCUCACCUACAGGUUUGGACCCCGGAGACCUGCCACAGCCCGCUUAGUGAAUGGUUUGAGACAGUGCAAGGUGUCUGCAAAGAACAUGGCAGGGAUCAGGUGUGGCAGGAUAUUCGUGAAGUGA